GGUCGUUCUCUGCUGUAUUAAAGAGCGGCCGGACGGAGCGGAGCGGAGCUCCAGCAGACAGCUGGCAGACGGACUGACUGCAGCCCCGCUGCCGCUGCUGCAUUCAGCCACAGACAGAUGCAGUCCGGACCGGACUGAAGCCUCCUCCGCUCAACCCAAAGCAAGGAUCCUUCAGCCAUGGAUUCACCGGAAAGGUGUGCGUGUCAUGCUCUGGGCUGAGGAGCGGAGCGGCUGAGGAAGAGGAUGGGCUGCACCUCCGCCAAGCAGGUGUCAGCCGUUCCCAACGGCGAGGAGGCUCAGAAUAAAGCCUACAGCAACGGAGACCUCCUGUCAGACGAGUACAAGAUGAAAGGAGUGGAGAAAGUCAAGUACAUCAGCGGAGAGGAGGCGGCGGUGGACGGCCAGGACAGCACGGAGAAGAGCGCUCUGCUCGGUAAAGGCCAGCAGGCUGACGAAACGGGGUCGAACGGAAACGGGAAGAUCCUGAGCAUCCACUCCUCCGAGAGCCAGCAGGAAUUCUUCAGGAUGCUGGAUGAGAAAAUUGAGAAGGGCCGGGACUACUGCUCAGAGGAGGAGGACCUGACAUAGCGCCGCGGCGCUCCCUCAGCCUGGCGCUCCGGACGGACUGCAGGCGUCCCGGAGGACUCUGUCUUGUUGUGACUGUCCCAUGUAUGUACACGCCCAAGAAGACCGGAUUACCCACAAGCACCUUCUUCCACCCGACCCGCUCCGAGAAACACGACCAAAAUCCCUCCGGAGACGAGGUUUACUUCCUGAACCAAGCCAUCGCAGGGCGACACGGUGCGUCUCUGUCUCUGCUGGACGACCCCCGAAAGGUCAGUAUGGACAGGAGGCCGCCACAGAGACGUGGCAGCAGCAGCAGCAGCAGGGCCGCCACACAGCGGCCGGCGCUCCUCUGGACUCCCGACUCAUCCUGGAAAUCGCGUCUCUGCAUCAUUUUGAAUAUUCCAUCCUCCAAUGCCUCCCUGACAAGCUGACGGGUUGGAAACUUCCUGCAUUCCAAGACACAGUAUGAACCUCUUUUCUACUGUCUGUCGGCCGGUAAACGCCGUCCGUCCGUCCGUCCGUCCGUCCACGUCCGUCUCCGUCCCAGUGUAGAGUAUUUAUGUUGAAUACGGCUCAGGGUUGAAGUGUUGUAAAUCGCUGUCUCAUGUAUUUGAGUCCUUCCUCUCAUCAAGACACAGUUACUCCAUCGAGAAAAA